CGCUCAGCACCAGACAGGGAUGCAGCUGACAUCCAGGAUUGCGCAGCACCCAAUCAACUGGCAGAGAUAAGUGACCAAUUACAAGCAGCAUUACAUCUUUGUUCUAGGGACCGCUUUACAUUCAGGCAGAGGAUGUAGCUUUUUCCUCUCAGCAGGGCUUUUCUUUUCUUUUUUUCUUUUCUUUUUUUUUUACACGGUUGGUCAUUGAAGUGGGCACAGUUCAGUCUCAGCUGUUAUUAUCGCCAUGUCUGUGCCGGCUAUGUCAAGCCUAGGCAUAUGCACGCACGCCAUAGUGCGGAGCAUUCCAGACUCCUUCAGCCUGCAGGCUCUCCGGAUGAAGGAGAGCGGAGGGGUGGACAUAGCCAGGGCAAGGAGGGAGCUGGAGCUCUACACCCGAGUCUUAAAGGACAAGCUUGGGCUGCAAGUCAUCGAGUUAGAUGCAGAUAACACUAUACCCGAUGCCCCCUUUGUGGAAGACAUCGCUGUUGUCCUCGAUGAGACCGCCCUGGUGACCAGACCUGGGGCCCCCAGCAGGAGGAAAGAGGUGGAGGCUGUGAAGAAGGCUCUGCAGGAUUUGCAGAUGAACGUGGUUGAGAUGACUGAUGAAAGCGCCACUUUAGACGGCGGAGACGUGCUGUUUACAGGACGAGAAUUCUUUGUGGGUUUAUCCAAAAGAACCAACCAACGAGGAGCAGAAAUCCUGGCCGACACGUUUAAGGAUUACGCAGUGUCCACGGUCCCCGUGUGCGAUUACUUACAUCUGAAGAGUUUUUGCAGCAUGGCCGGACCCAACCUCAUUGUCAUCGGCUCCAGCGAGGCUGCUCAGAAAGCACUAAAGACCAUGCAGCAGAUGAGUGAUCACCGCUAUGACAAGCUGACGGUACCGGAUGAUGCGGCUGCCAACUGCGUCUAUUUAAGCAUCCCAGGGAAAGGUCACGUUCUCCUGCACCGAGCACCUGAGGAAUUCCCUGAGAGUGGCAAAGUGUUCGAGAAGCUGAAGGACCACAUGCUGAUUCCUGUGGCCAAUUCUGAGUUGUCCAAAGUGGACGGAUGCCUGACCUGCUGUUCACUACUGAUAAACAAGUCCCCAAGCCUCUGAGAACAUGGACUCGGCCCUGUGUCCUCAGCAAUGAGCGCACACUGCGGUCACUUCUCUCCAAUGUUCGUUAUCCUGACAAUCCGACACUGAGCUAAUACUACGUGAAAUCCACUUCUAAAAUUGAGGGCUAAAGUUACUCACCAAAAGUCAAAUCAUCACGUUAAACCAUAUGAGUCAUCCAAGAAAAGCCUUAAAUUCUCACACACAGCCUGAUCUAUCACACCAAAUCCCAUUUAUGAAUAUUCCACAAAAUCAUGUGAAUUUGCUAAGAUUUUUACACUGAGGGUCCAUUUACAUAAUGAGGUGAGAUCGACCUACAUAAUUGUUACCACCUAAUGUCUCUAGAGUGAGGGGCAUUACUUUCUACUUGGCCAAUGAGAGACCAAAACUGUUCAGUUGCAAUUCAGUAGCAUCUUCAAUAUUCUCCAGUAGUCAUGAGGCUUGGUGGGGUCUAUGGCACGUGCAAAUUUCUACUGGGUACCUAAAGGUGGUCCUCCAGUCAUGGCUGACUCCCCCAAAAUGGGCGUUGUGUAUAAACCGCUUAAACUCCACCUUAAAGGGGUACUCUGAUGGAAAACUUAUUUUUUUUAUAUGAACUGGUGCCAGAAAUUUAAACAGAUUUGUAACUAUCUUGUAUUAAAAAAAUCUUUAUCCUUCCAGUACUUAUUAGCAGCUGUAUACAGAGGAAAUUCUUUGCUUUUUUAAUGUCUUUUUUGUGUUGUCCACAGUGCUCUCUGCUGACACCUCUGUCCAUGUCAGGAACUGUCCAGAGUAGCAUAGGUUUGCUAUGAGGAAUUUCUCCUGCUCUGGACAGUUUCUGAUACGGGCAUCAGGUGUCAGCAGAGAGCACUGUGGACAAGACAAAAAAUAAAUUCAAAAAGAAAAGAAUUUCCUCUGUAGCAUACAGCUGCUAAAAAGUACCGGAAGGAUAAAUAUUUUUUAAUAGAAGUCAUUUACAAAUCUGUUUAACUUUCUGGCACCAGUUGGCUUAAAAAAAAAAAUAAUGUUUUCCACCGGAGUACCCCUUUAAUAACUACAGUGACCAAUCAGAGUCCCUCUUUCCAUGGUUUAGACUAAGCUUAAAGGGUCUAUCCAUGAUUAGUUAAGAGGGUCCAAUUGUCCAUAGGCUGUACCUGGUAUUACAUCUUAUGGUUUUCGGCCAACAUCACGUAUAUGGGGGCCUGCCAAUUCUUCCUCGACUUAAAGGGGUAUUCCAGGAAAAAACUUUUUUAUAUAUAUCAACUGGUUCCAGAUUUGUAAAUUACUUCUAUUAAAAAAUCUUAAUCCUUUCAGUACUUAUGAGCUUCAGAAGUUAAGGUUGUUCUUUUCUGUCUAAGCAAUCUCUGAUGACGUGUCUCGGGAACCGCCCAGUUUAGAAGCAAAUUCCCAUAGCAAACCUCUUCUAAACUGGGCGGUUCCCGAGACACGUGUCAUCAGAAAAGAACAACCUAAACUUCAGAAGCUCAGAAGUACUGAAAGGAUUAAGAUUUUUUUAUAGAAGUAAUUUACAAAUCUGUUUAACUUUCUGGAGCCAGUUGAUAUAUAAAAAAAAAAGUUUUUUCCUGGAUAACCCCUUUAAUCUGGCAGAGGAGAUUGAAUUUUAACUACCCAAAACUUUUUUUUUUUUUUUUUUUGUUCAGGAGUCUGGCAGCGCUUUACCCAAUUCAGAAUACAUGAACGCUCUCCCAGGCAGAGCAUUCAUGUGUAUGGUGUCAUCGGGACAGAUAGCUGGCGGCUAAAUACCGGUAAGCGUUCUGCCAACCUGACUAAUGUGUAUGGCUAUAGACUAAACUGUAAUACUAGACUCAGCCAAUUGAUAAAAAAAAAUUGUACAUUUCGGGAAAAAGCUUUUUUAUGAUUGGUUACCGCGGGUGAUAAUUCAAUUUUUGGUAGUAUGUAAGUACAGGGGGUUUAGCCACAGGCAACCCUAACACCAUACUUGCCAAUAGUUAGAAAGCAAGAAUCUGUACAUUUAUGCCCUGCCUUGGGAGCACCCCCCCCCCCAAACAUCACAGGAACACCCCUAAAACUUUCAGAACACCCACUCCUUAUGCAAACCCCACCAUUACCCUGCCAAAAUCGGGACUAUUGGUAUCUAACACAGUGGGGGCAACAAAUCCAGAGCCCAGACAAACAUCACUAUAGGGGGGAUUUAUCAAUGCUUGACACCAGAAAACUACUGUGAAAAUGUUGCAAAUUUUUUACGCAAUGAUCAAAAUUUUUGGCCAAAACAUAGAAAAAGUCAGUAUUAAACAAUUGCACAAAAAUUUUCAACUAAAUCCUCCCCUAAAACCAUUGAUAAUCUCCCCCCCCCUCCCCCUAUAUCCCUAUAGUAUAGGAUGCCAAAUGAAUCAAUGGUCUACAUUUAGAUGAAUUUUGGUACAGCCCAAAAAUGGCCACCUCCACUGUGCCUAAGUGUUUGGUGACUUCAACUUGUAUCAUAAAUGUUUUAGAAUAUUUUUUUUCUCCUUUUAGUCUUAUGAAAUACACGUUGACAUUCUAUCAAACUAGGAUUUUAGAAAAUUGUAGAUUACUGUUUUAGGAAAUAUUUGUGGUGCACAUGUUAAAAUCUUACACGAUGUUAUCAAAAAAAUAAAUUAAAUAAAAAAUUA